AUGUCAGAACUCCGCCAGAGACCGACAGCCACACAGUCCAGCAAUGGACCCGAGCCAAAACGCCGAGAGAAACGCAUCGCAGAAGACGACCACGGCAUCAGCACCCUGGAUAUAAUCCGCGUGGUCGUCACACUGAUAAUAGCUUCAUUCGGUCUCUCCUACUACAUGACAUCCUCCGAGUCCGUCCUCUGGGGGUACAGACCGUGGUACACACGAUGGCCGGUAGUGAAGCAGUGGGUGCAAGGACCAGUAACCCUAACACCAAACCAACUAUCCCUCUACAACGGCACAGACAGCACUUUACCGAUCUACGUCGCCGUAAACGGGACCAUCUUCGACGUGUCAGCCAACCGCAUGAUCUACGGACCGGGCGGCAGCUACAAUUUCUUCGCGGGACGGGACGCGACGCGCGCGUUCGUGACAGGCUGCUUUAAGGAGGAUCUUACGUCCGACCUUCGCGGUGUCGAGACUAUGUUCAUGCCUGUUGAGGAUGUGGAGGAUGAGGGGAUUACGGCUGCGCAAAGGAAGAUUCGGCGCGAGAGGGAGUUACGGGCGGCCAGGGCGAAGGUUGAGGGGACUGUGAGGGGUUGGGUUGGGUUUUUUGCGAAUAAUGAGAAAUAUUUUGAGGCGGGGAGGGUGGUUGAUGGUGGUGAUGGAGGGGAGGUAGGGGAGUCGUUGCCGCUUUGUGAGAGUGCGCAGAAGCAAAGGCCGAAGAGGAGUUCGUUGGGGAAGUCGUAG